AUGGACGAUAAACCAGGCCACAACCACAACAAGCUCGAAGAAGACGAAGACGAGGAUGACAGCAAGUUCCACAACAAGAAGCUUGGUGGUCUUAAAACAAUGCCUUUCAUUCUUGCGAAUGAAAUAUGCGACAGAUUUGCUUCAAGUGGAUUCCAUAGCAACAUGAUAACAUACCUGACUCAGGAACUAAACAUGCCCCUGGUUCAAGCCUCCAACACCCUCUCCAAUUUUGGCGGAACAUCCAGUUUUACUCCCCUCAUCGGUGCUCUGAUUGCCGAUUCAUUCGCCGGUCGCUUUUGGACCAUCACCGUCGGCUCAAUCUUUUACGAACUGGGUUUGAUUUGCAUCACCAUAUCCGCGGUGCUACCGUCGCUCCGUCCACCGCCAUGCCCCACACAAAUAAACUGUCAGGAAGCUUCGGAUUUCCAACUCUGGGUAUUGUACAUCUGUCUUCUCCUCACAUCGCUAGGCACCGGCGGCAUUAGGCCAUGUGUGGUAACGUUCGCAGCGGACCAAUUCGAGUCGGACAAAGCGAUGAAGGGUCGGUCUGGAAAGUGGAGUUUCUUCAAUUGGUACUAUUUUAGCAUGGGGUUAGCCACAUUGACUGCCUUGACAGUGGUGGUUUAUGUCCAAGAACAUGUGGGAUGGGGUUGGGGGCUUGGGAUCCCAACCAUUGCAAUGAUCAUAUCGAUCAUUGCCUUCCUCAUAGGCUCACCCCUUUAUAAGAAAAUGAAACCAGGUGGCAGCCCAUUGAUUAGGUUGGCUCAAGUCAUAGUUGCAGCCAUUAAGAAAAGAAAAGAAAUUGCACCACAAAACCCCAAGCUCUUGUACCACAACAAUGAGCUUGAUUCAGACAUUACUGUCCAUGGAAGACUUGUUCAUACAGAUCAAUACCAAUGGUUAGACAAAGCUGCAAUAGUGACAGAAUCCGAGUCUGCUAAUCCUAACUCACCAAAUCUAUGGAGAUUAGUCACAGUCCAUAGAAUUGAAGAGCUCAAAACUAUAAUCCGAAUGUUGCCAAUUUGGGCUUCUGGGAUUUUACUUGUCACCUCCUCCUCUCACCUCCAUAGCUUCGUCAUCCAACAAGCUCGAACCAUGGACCGCCACUUAUCUCCGUCCUUCGAAAUCCCGCCUGCAAGUCUAUCGGUCUUCAGCAUCCUAACCAUGCUUUCCGGUCUGGUCUUGUACGAACGCAUCUUCGUCCCGUUAGCGAGACGGUUCACCGGACACCCUUCGGGUGUCACAUGUUUACAACGAAUGGGAAUCGGUUUCGUGAUCAACAUCGUAGCCACUAUCAUCUCGUCAUUAGUUGAGACCAAGAGGAAAUCCGUGGCAGCACAUCACAACUUGUUGGAUGAUCCGAGAGCCAUAGUUCCCAUCAGUGUGUUCUGGUUAGUCCCGCAAUUCUGCAUCCACGGUGUCGCGGAAGUGUUCAUGUCGGUUGGACACUUGGAGUUCCUUUACGAUCAGUCGCCGGAGAGCAUGCGGAGCACGGCGGCUGCCCUGUAUUGGAUAGCCAUAUCCAUGGGGAACUACAUAGGGACAUUGCUGGUUUCACUUGUUCAUAAGUACACGGGAGAGAACAACUGGUUGCCAGAUAGGAAUCUCAACAGGGGAAAGCUGGAUUAUUACUAUUGGCUUGUUAGCGGAAUCCAAGUCCUCAAUCUCAUUUACUACAUUUUUGUUGCUUACUUUUACACUUACAAACCGUUGGAAGAGGUGAAAGAGGAGGAAGAAGAAGAAGAUGGAGAAGAUGGAGAAUUCAAUGGAAAUAAGAUUUCUGAAAUUGGAGUUGAGCUUGCUAGAACUGAAACAGCUUAGAUCUUGGUUCUUUUGCCUCAAUAUAAU